AAGAGCACUAGGCUAGGCUAUUGCAAUUAAUUUGCUGUUAUUACGUCAGUGCGUCAUGAAUGCGUGUAGCAAUCGAUGAGGUAUCUUUCUAGCAAAUCAAUCAUUCGAAUUGACCAAUCUAAGUGCCCGGUAUAUGAACCUCCAGCAAUAAAACCAAAAUAAGGACACAUGUCAAAAUAAGGGCAUUUCUCAGAAAUAAGGACGUUACAGCAGCCGUGUCUAUAGGUCAACCAUAUAUUUACGGGUCAACUUCGUGAAAAAAUUAUUCACGUAAAUUGUCAAAAUGUAUCAAAAUAUAUGAUUAAAAUACGGCAUCGUGCGUUGCUCCACACAAAUCCCUCUGACAGUCUACAGCAGGCAGAUAGGUCUGGGGUACGAUAGCGCUGAAAGGCAUGUAACGUGUACACGUGUCUUCGUUGAUCGUUUAGAAUUCCAGAAUUUAUAUAAUGUUGUCUUUGAUCAGUACUUCGCUGCGUGUGGCUCAUAGAGCGAUCGCACUGAAAGAAGCUAGUUUGAAGCAAAUCAAGUUAUGUUCUGCAGCAAACUACACAACAUCUUGCAUUGACCCUACGAUUGGGCUCAGUGAUGAACAGAAGGAAUACCAAAAACUCGCCUAUGACUUUGCCCAAAAUGAAUUAGCGCCUAAUAUGCAAAAGUGGGAUGAAGAGAAUCAUUUUCCUGUUGAUGUGAUCAAACGUACUGCUGAACUGGGAUUCGGUGGUUUAUAUACAAGCACGGAAUAUGGUGGAUUAGGUUUAUCACGAUUAGAUACAUCUGUGAUUUUUGAAGCACUAUCAUCAGGAUGUGUCUCAACAACUGCUUAUAUCACUAUUCAUAACAUGGUAACUUGGAUGAUUGACACAUUUGGUAAUAAAGAACAACGAGAAAAGUUUAUUCCACCUCUAACUUCCAUGAAAAUUCUCUCAUCCUAUUGUCUUACUGAACCAGGAUCUGGUAGUGAUGCAGCUGCUCUCAUCACAGUGGCUAAAAAGGAUGGAGAUCAUUACAGGGUAUCUGGAUCCAAAGCUUUUAUCAGUGGUGCAGGUGCUACCGAUCUCUAUCUAGUAAUGUGCAGAACUGCUGAUAAGGGACCAAAAGGAAUAUCUUGUUUUAUUGUUGAAAAAGAAACACCAGGAUUCUCAUUUGCAAAACCUGAAAAAAAGCUUGGCUGGAACAAUCAACCUACCUGUGUAAUUACAUUUGAUGACUGUAUAAUACCAGAAGAAAACAGGAUCGGACCUGAAGGAUUUGGAUUCAACAUUGCAAUGAAAGGAUUGAAUGGUGGAAGAAUUAAUAUAGCAUCAACUUCUCUUGGGGGGGCAUAUUCAUCACUGCUUGCAGCAAAAGAACACCUGAAUGUUAGGCAAGCAUUCGGAAAACCUCUAGCUGAAAAUCAAUACCUACAAUACAUGUUAGCAGAAAUGGCCACACAGCUGGUUACAUCUCGACUGACGGUCCGUGAAGCUGCAAAAGCAUUGGAUGCAUCACUGCCAUGUGCACCUUCAUUGUGUGCAAUGGCAAAGUUACAUGCAACAGAUAAUUGUUUUGAUGUAACUAACAGAGCACUGCAAAUGUUUGGUGGAUAUGGAUACUUGAAAGAUUACCCUGUUCAACAAUUCAUGAGAGAUGUUCGUGUUAAUCAAAUUUUGGAAGGAACUAACGAAAUCAUGAGGCUUUUGAUAUCGCGAGAUAUUUUCAAAGGAUAAUGAAGCAUCAAAAGACCUUUAUCACAUUUUGCGCUUAUCACUAUUUAUACACAAAAAAGGACAUAUCAUGGUAUGAACCAAUAUUCCAUAAUCCGAUUUUUAUCUCAAAUCAACCUAUCAUGGAAGCCAAAAUGAAUGGUAAUUGUGACAUUGAGUGUUGCAGGUUUUCAAUUUAAGUCGUUGGUUUUGUCUUAAAUCUGUAAUAUAUUUUCCCUAGAAUUUCGUAUUACGGAAUAAAACUAUUUUUGUGCAACCUAAA